GUUGUGAGAGAGAGAUUAAAGAUAUCUUCUUUCAUCUUCCACCACCUUCUUUUCUCCAUCUCUCGCUUUUCAACCUUUCCCUUAUCUCUCUCACAUUUUUUUAUUUUCUCCCUCUGCUGGCAAGACCAAUUCUUUGGAUCUUCGAUUUGAUCUCUUUCUUUUUUUAACCACCAAUCUAUCUUCUGGGUUUGUUCUUCACUCCCUCCUCACAUGUGGGGUUUUAUUCUCUGCCUCCUAAACCAAGGCAAAUGUUGAUUUCUUUCUAUUUUUUAAUGAUCUGUGUCCGUGAUUUCGGGUUGCCCUUGGAGUCUGCAAAAGUCCAGCCUUUUCAGUUUUCUCUGUCAAACAAUCUCUUGGGGUCGUCCACCUUCUUCCCCUGAUGCCAUGUAACUGAUUCUUGCUCCAUUUCACUUAAGGGUCUUUUUCUUUUACUUGAUUGGUGUGUGUAAGGCUGAGAAUGGCACUUUCCCAGUGCUGAGUGUUGUUGCUACUUGCUAGAUAGUUCCACAUCUUAGAAAAGUUAAAUGGGAUCUUGCAAUGAGGUUCACUCAGUUGGGGAGUUCAAUUUAGAUUCCAAGUGGCUUGUGGAUCCCAAACAGCUAUUUGUUGGUCCAAAAAUUGGGGAGGGUGCUCAUGCCAAAGUGUAUGAAGGAAAAUAUAAAAAUCAAAAUGUUGCUGUUAAGAUUAUCAACAAGGGAGAAACUCCGGAAGAGAUUUCAAGGAGAGAGGGUCGGUUUCUCAGAGAGGUUGAUAUGUUGUCGAGAGUUCAACACAAGAAUCUUGUUAAGUUUAUUGGGGCUUGCAAAGAACCUGUAAUGGUUAUAGUAACUGAGCUUCUAUUAGGUGGAACAUUGCGCAAAUAUCUCUUGAAUAUGCGGCCAAAGUGCUUGGAUAUGCCUGUGGCUGUUGGAUUUGCUCUUGAUAUUGCCAGAGCAAUGGAAUGUUUACACUCCCAUGGGAUCAUUCACCGUGAUCUUAAACCCGAUAACUUGAUCUUGACAGCUGAUCACAAGACAGUUAAACUUGCUGAUUUUGGUCUGGCCAGAGAAGAGUCCUUAACAGAGAUGAUGACUGCUGAAACUGGAACAUAUCGUUGGAUGGCUCCAGAACUUUACAGCACUGUUACUCUAAGACAAGGUGAGAAGAAGCAUUACAAUCACAAGGUGGAUGCCUACAGCUUUGCAAUUGUGCUGUGGGAACUCAUUCAUAAUAAGUUACCCUUUGAAGGCAUGUCUAAUCUGCAGGCUGCAUAUGCAGCUGCUUUUAAGAAUACAAGGCCCAGUGCUGAAGACCUUCCUGAGGAUUUGGCUAUGAUUGUAACUUCAUGUUGGAAAGAGGAUCCGAAUGAUCGACCAAAUUUCAGUCAAAUCAUACAGAUGCUCCUUCGAUAUCUCUCAACUAUUUCACCACUCGAGCCAGUUGUUCCUCUGCGGAUGAAUUCAUCUGAGAAUGCUGUGUUGCCACCGGAGUCUCCUGGCACAAGUGCAUUGAUGCUUGGAAGAGAUGAUUCUGGAGAAACCCCAACAGCCAUAGGGGAAGACAGGUCCAAAGGGUUCUUCUCCUGCUUUAACCAGUGUUACUGAGGCCUCAAAACACAUCAUUUGUUUGUUGGGGCUGUCCCAGAACACAGUUAGAAAAACUGAAUAAAACCACAUUCACCAAUUGUAACAACUAGAAUCUUUUAAUAAGAAAAUGUUAACAACUAUUAUCAGAUAGUCAGUUUAGUAGCAAUUAGCACAGCUAAGAAAGCACCUUUGUUCUCAGCAAGAGUAGCUGGCAAGCUCUUUUUAACAUUUGUGUUGACUUUCUUUUGACUGAUAUGCAGGAAAUUUUGGGGUUAAGGUUGCUGAGAUGUAAUAUCAUUGUAAAGUAAGGUUCAUCCAAAGGCCUUUACCUGUUUCUUGUUCAUGUAUGUGGCAUGAAUAAUAAAAAGUGAAAAGGGGGAAAAUGUUUACAUUGGCUUUUACGUGUUCCAUAAUGAAACCUUGUUUCACUGCCAA